AUGGAAGUGCAAAAUGGCCACAUAAAACGGCUGACGGAUAACGAAGUUAAUUCUAUAGUGCUAGAGAUUGUGAGUACAAAUGUAGCAACUACAUAUAUAGUGUGCCCCAAGAACAAUCAAGUAUUAGGAAUAAAGUUACCUUUCCUAGUAAUGAUAAUCAAAAAUUUGAAGCGAUACUUUUCAUUUGAAAUAACUGUUCUAGAUGAUAAAAAUAUGAGAAGGCGUUUUAGGAUCUCAAAUUUCCAAUCUACGACUAAAAUAAAACCUUUUUGUACAACUAUGCCAAUAGGUUUGGCUCAUGGUUGGAAUCAGAUACAAUUCAAUCUUGCCGAUUUUACGAAAAGAGCAUACGGAACCCAAUUCAUUGAAACUUUACGCGUUCAAGUCCAUGCUAAUGCGCGAUUGAGACGAAUUUACUUUAGCGAAAGACUUUAUUCUGAAGAUGAACUACCACAAGAUUACAAACUAUAUUUGCCUUUGGAGCGAAAACAAAAGAAGGGUAAAGUUGAAAAGAAAGAAGAACAGGUGGCGCCAGCAAUUCCAGUUCCUUUAGCAGCACCUCCUACUGAAGGAGCAGCUCCGCCUCCUGCUGGAGCAGAACCACCUCCUGAAGGAGGCGCAACCAUUUCAGCAAAAUCUUCUAAAAAGAUAGUAGCAGCUGCCAGUAAAGCAGAGGUAGAGAAAAAAUCAGAAGGCCCUGAAGAAACUGCAGAACAAAAAGAGCCUGAAGCUCCACCUUCGGAGGUUGGAACUGACGUUGGAACUGAAGGUGCAACUGAGGGAGAUGCAACUCCUGUUGAAGGUGAAGCUACCCCUAUAGAAGGCGAGGCACCAGCAGAAGUUACGGAAGAUGCACCUGAAAAUGCAGCAGAGUCUGGAAAUGAAGGCGAAACACCAGCAGAAGAACCAGAUACCGAAGCUGCCGCAGAAGGGGACUAA